AUGUUUGGAUAUGUCAAUGUUGAUAAUGAAUAUUCAUUAAUCAAAUCACCACCAUUGUUCUUUGAUUACGAAUCGAUCAAGUUCAUCAGAUACGAUGAUAGUGCCGAACAAAUCACUCAAUUCUUUUCAAGAGUUGAAUUGUUCCAUAUUAAAUCAGAUGAAUACGAUGUUAAAAUCAAUGUCUUCUCAAGAAAAUACAUUAAUGUUUCAAAUGAUGAUUCCUAUGAAGAUUUCUAUCGGUAUAUGAUUACAUCUGAUCUUUACUUCACAUACCUACCACCAAUGCCAAAUCUAAAGAAUAUCUUUCUGCAUGAAUACUAUGGAUACGAAAGAAACUACAGUUCAUUUCUAUUAUCGAUCUUUGAGAACACACCGAAUGUAGAUGGACAUGGUAUCGAAUCAUUAUAUAGGUACAGUAUCAACAAAGAUUGGAACUCAACUCCAGAUUACAGUAACUUGGAUUUCUUGCAACCACUGUUAUCAUUACACUCAAAGACAUUGAAAUCAGUCACACUUGAAUAUUAUCAUUUCUAUCGAGAGGAUGGACCUGAGUUUCUUUUUAUAUCUUUAUUUGUUUAUGAUUCAUCGAAGUUUAUAGUUUUAAAUUAUUGUUAUAAUGGCUACGAUGGAUAUAAUAGAAGGGUACUGCGAUACGAAUGUUGGUGUAAAGUGGUUGCCGCAGCACUGGCGGAUUCCGCUGAGAAAGGAUAUUUGGCAGUUGUUAAGUUCUUGGUGGAGAGUAAGCAUGUAAAGAAUGGUCAAUAA